UUCUGUUGUCAGUACUGUAGGUAUAUUUCCACUUAGCCGCCGCUAAGUAGCUAUUCACAGUUCCAACUUUCUAUUAGCUUAGAUUAGCUUGCUAACGAUAGCUUUGGGGAGGAGCGAUGUUAACAAACAGGUUAGCCAGGUUUGCUAUCGUCAACAGGGCAAAGUCAAACUAUAAUAUUACUCCAUGUAUUGUUGAUGGUGGAAGGAACACUAUCUGAUAAAUAACAAUGCGCUUAAAUUUAACCGAACGGCAUACUUGAUUUCUGAAGUUGUACUGUCAAGUGUACUUAGCUAAAAGGCUAACUGGGAAAUAAGUGGGUAAUGGUUUAAAUAGCAAGAGAUAUAGGUGAGCGUUUCCAACCCCGGUUUUGUAAGCUGUACAAAUGCUAGAAAUACGUUUUGUAAAACUAAUAACUUUAACUUCCCAAUCCAAGCUUUCUGUUGCCUGGCUAUUUGCUAGCUUAGUGUAAAUCUGGGUCAAGACAACCCUGCUAGUUACUUUAGGGUAUAUAGCAAUAGUUUAUAACUUGGUGAUCGGUUUUAUUUAUUUAUAUUCAAGAUUUUAAAGAAUACUCGAAUGAUAAAGAACUUAAGAGAUAAAUUGCCAGUUGCAAUAUUAAAUCAGACCUCAAUGACCUGGAGUUGGGUAGCAUUAGCUUGGUGGAGCUUGGUUCAGGUGAGCUGCUGUAAAGCCCAAAGAAGGCAUGGCACGCCUGGUAGCAGUUUGCAGGGAAGGCGAGGAAGACUACCCGUUUUUGGCCAGGCAGAUUCCCUUGUAUAUUGAUGACACUCUCACUAUGGUGAUGGAGUUUCCUGACAGCGUAAUGGAUGUUGAAGGCCAUGAAAUAAAUCCUGCUCAUUGGAAACAAUUUUCUGAGUAUUACUCUAAGCUGAAGCAGCAGGACCUGAAUAUUGCCUUGAUGGUGACAUCCAGAGAGGUAUACAGUGCAUUAUCUCAGUUGGUGCCGUGUGUGGGCUGCAGACGAAGUGUAGAGCACCUCUUUUCACAUUCAGUGGAAAGGGGGAACCCAGCCCUGGAGCCCCUCAUAGUGAAACCCAAGGGCAUGCUCACUCUCACCAAGGCUUGUUUGGCAGACAUGAAGAAGCUUUAUACUCUCUUCUACAUCCAUGGGUCAAAGUUAAAUGACAUGAUUGAUGCCAUUCCCAAAAGUAAAAAGAAUAAACGCUGCCAGUUGCACUCCUUAGACACACACAAACCUAAACCAUUAGGGGGGAGUUGGAUGAAUGUGUGGGAGCUGAUGUCUCAAGAAUGCAGGGAUGAGGUGGUCCUCAUUGACAGUGCCUGUCUCCUUGAGACACUGGAGACAUACUUGCGUAAACACAGAUUUUGCACAGACUGUAAGAAUAAAGUGAUCAGAGCAUAUAACAUCCUGGUUGGAGAUGUGGACUCCGGUGAAGAGAAGGGCUACUGUGCUGCUCUGUAUGAGGGUCUCUGUUGUUGCCCACAUGAACGACACAUUCAUGUGUGCUGUGAAACAGAUUUCAUCGCUCACCUACUCGGCAGGGCAGAGCCUGAAUUCUCAGGAGGUUACGAGCGCAGAGAGAGACAUGCCAAAACAAUUGACAUUGCACAAGAGGAAGUUCUGACCUGUCUGGGCAUUCAUCUCUAUGAACGGCUGCACAGAAUCUGGCAGAAGCUACGAGCUGAGGAACAGACUUGGCAGAUAUUGUUCCAUCUGGGUAUCGAUGCACUACGGAAAAGCUUCGAGAUGGCAGUGGAGAAGAUGCAGGGGAUCAGUCGACUUGAGCAGUUUGUCGAGGAGCUAUCAGAGGAGGAAAGAGCCAAAGAGCUGAAACUGGAGAAGAAGAGACAGAAAAGAAAAAAUCGACGCAAAAAUAAGUGUGGUUUUGAUAUUUCUGAACAGGAAGCAGAGAACAAGGAGAAGAUCUUGGAUGAGGGUUCCUUUGAUUCUGUUGAGGACAGCUGUAAGGCCUGUAGUCGCCAUGAGGAGGAGGAGGAAGAGGCUGGAUCUGAAGAGACAGCUGCCCCCAGCAGAAACACGUCCUGUAACUGCUCAGAUAGCACCAAGCGAGAUUUGUCCCACAACAGUAAUGGAAGCGACUGUGGCUACUCAUCAAGUAUUGAAGGCAGCGAGGUGGGAUCACGAGAGGGCUCUGAUGUUGCCUGCUCCGAGGGAAUAUGCAACCAUGAAGCAGGGGAUUUCCCACAUGUCCAUGACUGUGCUGAAAACAAAGAGGAGGAUGGAACAGACAGCUGUGUGGACUGCUGGCCACACUCUGAGGAAAACAAUCAGUGCAAGAGCAAAAAGAAGAAGAAAAAGGGCAAGAGCUUCUGCAGUAAUCAGGGUCCCAAAACUGAAGGUUGUCUGUCAGAAGAGAACACCACAGGCUACAAUCUGACAUCAGCAAACACUUGUCAAACCAAAGAAUUAUUUUCUUCUUUAUGUGGCGAUAAAUUUGCCAACAUUGCACUACGGUUACCAUGGACAGUACAUCAGAACAACCUCAGCCUUCACAUGGGGCCUACAAAGGCAAAUUUAAGUCUUGUGGAACUUCUGGAUGAUUCCGAGGCAACUUCUGAUGAAGAGAGCGGUCUGACGCAGGAUGAAAUCCAGGCAUUUAUAGAACAAAACCAGUCCUUCUACAGCAACCGCCAAAAGUAUCGACAGGUCCUUAAAGAGAAAUUCACCAACUACUGCCGUGGCAUUGAUCAGACCAAGCAAGUCUGUGGAAAGUGGUUUGCAACAACCAGUGUCAAGUAACAUCAUCUUCAUGUGGAAAAUAAAAACACUCAUGACCACUGCUGCAAAAUUGUUAGAAAAGAUACAUUUCAGGUGUACCCUUUGGUGUCUUUUAUUGGGUCAUUUCUUCUCUAAAAUCAAUGUGAUUAUUAUUUUCUCCUUGGUAUCUGUCUCUUUUGCACUUGUACACUGACACAGUUGUUCAUCUCUAUUUGCCAUUUCAUACACAUAGUUUUUCUCUUUGACCAAGCCUAGCUUUUUAUUGUUGGUCUUGUGUUGGGAUUAGAGCACAGUGGAAUAAGAAAUCAAGCGUUGCAAGCUGUGAUAGGGAUGAAUUUUAGGAGUAAUAUUUUUAUGAUUUUGUGUCCAUUUCUUUUCUUCUCUAUGGUGACAUUUACAUGUAGUGCUAAAAGGUUGCACCAUGAAAUGUGUACAGAAAUAUAAAUAUAAACAUUUUACAGAGACUAAAUAUUCAUUUGUAAUAAAUUUGGGGUGUGUUAAGCGCAAUGUGAAAAAUGUAGUAAAUAAAGAAUAUUUAUUAUG